AUGCCGGGCUCGUGCUCCAAGGCAGAUGGUAAGGCCACGGCAUCCGUAGGUGGAGAAUCAACGAUGGAGCCCCCACCCAGGAAGGAGGUCGGCUGCCCCUCAGCCAUGAGGGAGUCCCCUGGCAACUCGGGUCCCGGCUGCAUGGCACUGGUCGUCGCCUCAAGAGGCUCGGUGGCCGCUAGCGGGGUGCCAUCUGUGGCCGGGUUGGUGGAAGAGUCCAGGGGCUCCCCGGGGACGGGAGUGGAAGCAGUGGCCGUAACCCUCGACCACCAUCUUAACACCCCCACGUACUUCUUCCUGGUGAAGCUGUCCAUUAUAGACCUCGGCUCCAUCUCUGUCACCAUCCCCAAAUCCACGGUCAAUUCCCUAAUCAACUCCAGCUCAAUUUCCUACGCUGGAUGUGUUGCCCAAGUCUUUUUCCUCAACUUCAUGAUGGGAGCAGAUUUUUCCCUUCUCACCAUCAUGCCGUAUGACCUAUACGUCGCCAUCUGCCAACCACUGCAGUACGAGAGAGUGAUGAACAGGAGAACUUGUGUCCAAAUGGCAGUCAAUGCCUGGAUCAGUGGAAUACUUUACUCUACACUGCAUACCGGGAACACAUUUACAGUCACUUUCUGUGCAGACAACAUGGUGGAUCAGUUCUUCUGUGAAAUCCCCCAGCUCCUCAAGCUCGCCUGCUCUGACUGGAACCUCAGUGAAAUUGGGGCUCUCAGCUUUAGUGCUUGCAUAGUCUUAAGAUGUUUUGUUUUUAUAAUUGUGUCUUAUGUUCAGAUCUUCAAAGCAGUGAUGAGAAUCCCCUCUGAGCAGAGCCGGCAUAAAGCCUUCUCCACCUGCCUUCCUCACCUCACCGUGGUCUCCUUGUUUGUUUGCACUGGCAUCUUUGCCUACCUGAAACCCACCUCCAGCUCAGCAUCAGGUCCGGAUCUCAUGGUGGCUGCUCUCUAUUCUGCGGUGCCUCCAGUGAUGAAUCCGGUCAUCUACAGCAUGAGGAACAAGGAGAUCAAAUCUUCAUUGAGGAGACUGACUAUGACUGGAUUCAUCGUUGGAGGCACCACAGAAUACAAAACAGCCACCACGAGAUCCAGCCCUGAUGCUGAGCUGGAGGUUCCUGGGAACAGCCCUGCUCAGAGAAAUAACUCCUGGAUGGACCAGCUGCCAUAG